GAUAAAAUGCUUAGCACUCUACUUUGCACAUAAUAAGUAUUUCAUAAAUGGCACUAUAGAGACCAUGAUGAUGAUGAUUCUGGGUGAUCUCCAAUGGCCAGUCAGCUUUGGGUCUUUGUGGCUCUAAAAAGCCCCAUCAGGCCUUGUUCAAGUAUCAAGAUAGUCUGCACAGAGCUGUGCAGACUCUGUAGGCACUGAACACACCACGUAUCUAUAGGUUCCCAAGACAUGGUUUGUUUCUCCACAGAAGGAAGAGGCCCAGAAGAAGGGACUUGCUGAGCCACCCCCCGCUCUGCUCCAUGUUGUCUGUGCUCUCAGGCUGGCGCCAUGCCCCCUCCUGCAGAGGUGACGGACCCAUCCCACGCCCCCGCUGUCCUGCGUCAGCUCAAUGAGCAGCGGCUCCGUGGCCUCUUCUGCGAUGUCACCCUCAUAGCUGGAGACACGAAGUUCCCUGCUCACCGCAGUGUCCUGGCUGCUUCAAGUCCCUUCUUCAGAGAGGCUCUGCUCACUUCAGCCCCACUGCCCCUCCCAUCAGUUACUGGGGGCUCAGCUCCCAACCCUGCUGCCACCACAGCUGCCUCUUCCUCCUCUUCUUUGUCUUCUUCCUCGUCUUCCUCUUCCUCCUCUUCUUCUUCCUCUUCCUCUCCUCCUCCAGCCUCUCCCCCUACUUCAUCCCCACCUCGGGUCCUGGAACUCCCAGGGGUCCCAGCAGCUGCCUUUUCUGAUGUCCUCAAUUUCAUAUAUAGUGCCCGGCUUGCACUACCUGGUGGUGGAGGGGAUGGGGCAGCUGUAGCAGAGAUUGGCGCUUUAGGGCGGCGUCUGGGCAUCUCCCGCCUACAGGGCCUAGGGGAGGGAGGCGAUGCCUGGGUCCCUCCUGCCCCAGCCCCCAUGGCCACCUCACAGCCUGAAGAUGACAACUUUGGGCCUGGGCCUAGGCCACCUGCAGAGUGGGAAGGUGACAGGGCUGAGGCCCAAGACCCUGACUUGCAGUCCUCAUUGCCCCGGCGGUCCCUUCCCUGCCCCCGAUGUGGAAAAAGCUUCAUCCAUCCUAAGCGGCUGCAGACCCAUGAGGCCCAGUGCCGACGUGGUGGUGGCACUCGGGAGGCUACAGGGCUGGGAGCUGGGGAUUCUGGUCCUGGUGGUCCUACAGGAGUGGAUGCCUCAGCUUUGCCCCCACCUGUGGGUUUCCAAGGUGGCCCUGAGCAUGUGGUGAAGGUGGUGGGUGGCCAUGUGCUAUAUGUGUGUGCAGCUUGCGAGCGUUCCUAUGUGACACUGUCCAGCCUGAAGCGGCACAGCAAUGUGCACUCAUGGCGGAGGAAGUACCCCUGCCGCUACUGUGAGAAGGUGUUUGCCCUGGCUGAGUACCGCACUAAACACGAGGUGUGGCACACUGGAGAGCGCAGGUAUCAGUGUAUCUUCUGCUGGGAGACUUUUGUCACUUAUUAUAAUCUGAAGACCCACCAACGAGCCUUCCAUGGCAUUAGCCCAGGCCUCCUAGCAAGUGAGAAGACACCCAAUGGAGGCUAUAAGCCCAAGCUAAACACUCUCAAGCUGUACCGCCUCCUACCCAUGAGGGCAGCCAAGCGGCCCUACAAGACCUACAGCCAGGGAGCCCCCGAGGGCCCCCUUUCUCCAAGCCUCAACACACCGGCCCCUGUGGCAAUGCCAGCCAGCCCACCACUCGGACCUCCACCUGCCCCAGAACCUGGUCCCCCACCCUCUGUCAUCACUUUUGCUCACCCAGCCCCCUCUGUCAUUGUCCAUGGGGGCAGUAGCAGUGGUGGAGUGGGUGGUGGGCCAGCCAGCACUGGAGGGUCCCAGACCGCCUCGGUCAUCACUUACACUGCUCCCCCAAGGCCUCCCAAGAAACGGGAGUACCCACCUCCUCCCCCAGAGCCUACAGCUACAGCUACACCUACCAGCCCAGCCACAGCCGCAGGCCCAGCCACAGCCACCACCACAGAGGAGGCCAAGGGCCGGAAUCCACGGGCUGGGCGGACUCUGACUUAUACAGCCAAGCCAGUGGGUGGGAUUGGCGGGGGUGGGGGUUCCCCUGCAGGGCCCGGCCGGGGCCCAUCUCAGCUACAGGCUCCACCUCCACUGUGUCAGAUCACUGUGCGAAUUGGGGAAGAGGCAAUUGUCAAGCGUCGCAUCUCAGAAACUGACCUUCGUCCUGGGGAGCUGAGCGGAGAGGAGGUGGAGGAGAGUGAGGAUGAUGAGGAAGAUGACGAGGAUGAGGAUGAGGAAGAAUCAAAGGCUAGUGGGGAGGACCAGCUCUGGAGGCCCUACUACUCGUACAAGCCUAAGCGUAAGGCUGGAGCUGCAGGAAGUGGUAGUGGACUGCCCCGAGGCCGACGGCCACCACGCUGGAGGCAGAAGCUGGAAAGGAGAAGCUGGGAAGAAACCCCAGCAGCUGAGAGCCCAGCAGGGCGUGCUCGCAUAGAGCGGAGGCACCGCUGCGGGGACUGUGCCCAGACCUUCGCCACUCUGAGGAAGCUGCAAAAGCACCAAGAGGCCCACAGUGGGGGCUCCCACAGCUCCCGGGCUGGACGGAGGCCUUCCGCUCGCCUCACCUGUCCCCACUGUGCCAAGGUGUGUAAGACAGCAGCUGCCCUGAGCCGACAUGAGCAGAGACACGCUGCUGAACGGCCGGGGGGCACCCCCACACCUGUCAUUGCCUAUUCCAAGGGCGGUGCUGGCACAAGGCCAGGGGAUAUCAAGGAGGAGGCCCCCCAAGAGAUGCAGGUCUCCUCAUCUAGUGGGGAGGCAGGUGGUGGGAGUGCUGCUGCUGAAGAAGCUUCUGAGACCGCCUCACUCCAGGACCCUGUUAUUUCUGGGGGUGAGGAGCCCCCAGUGAUGGCAGGAGGGGGAAGCUAUGCAUAUCCACCUGUGCAGGAAUUUCCACUGGCCCUCAUUGGGGGCAGCCGAGAACCUGGAGGUGGCAGGGGAAAAUCUGGGAGUGAGGGGCCAGGGGGUGCUAAUGAGGGGGACCGGAUGGAGGGGAUGGGGGCUGCCAAAGUCACCUUCUACCCUGAGCCCUACCCACUUGUCUAUGGCCCUCAGCUCCUUGCUGCCUACCCUUACAACUUCAGCAACUUGGCUGCUCUCCCAGUUGCUCUCAACAUGGUCCUACCUGAUGAAAAGGGUGGGGGGGCCCUUCCUUUCCUACCAGGGGUCUUUGGCUACACAGUGAAUCCUCAAGCAGCAGCCCCUACUCCCCUAACACCACCACCCCCAACUCUUCCUCCACCAGUUCCCCCUAAGGGAGAGGGAGAAAGGGCAGGGCUUGAGAGAACCCAAACGGGAGAUGUGGGGUGAGCUCUGGGGCCAGAGUCCCCUUUUAACAGAUGCCACCCACCCUGAACCCUCCACUACUACCAGCUCCCUGGCCUCCCUGCCCCUUGGGAGCCCCUCUGCACACUUGUGCAGGGACUUGGGGGCCCCUGGAGCUCAGGGGUCAGGCUGCUUUGUGUGAGAUUGUAGUUUUCCCAUCUCCUGGGAAGGGAUAUUUGGUGGUCCCCUCUCAAGCUUCCUCCAGAGAAUGGCCUCUAUGAGGGGCAGGACCAGAUCCCAUCCCUUCUCCAGCCCUUGGGGCAACUGAGCAAUAUACAUAUUUGAAUCUCUACUCACAGCCCCCACUAGCUCUGAAUGUCUAACCUGCUCCUCUGAUUUGUAAACCUAGGGGGAAACCAUCUCUUUCACCUAAUGAUCUCUCCCCUUGUUCUGAAGCUUUCUCUAAGCCCUUCCUCAGAUGCUUCCUAGCACAUUCCGUUCUUUAUGGCCCAGGGCCUGGACCAGACCAUUGUGAAACCCAACCCCACCUACCUGGGAGCAUGGCUUUGGAUUCCAUUCUUCCCAAGGGUGGGUUUCUCUGUCCUUGUUUCCUUUGCAUUAGGAUCCCAUGCCUUCCUUGGCUUCCAUGCCUUUGGAUCUUCCAUAUUCCUCCCAUUCCCCUAGACUUGGAGAUGACCUCUCCCAAUCCAGGUCAAGGAGGUACUGGGGGGAAGGCUACACCUCUGAUCAUAGCUGAGCACUUUUCCCAGCUCAGGGCAGGGAAAUCUUGGCCCUAUCUUGACCCUCAAAUCCAGUGAGCCCAAGAGUCUUCCAAGGCAGAAGAGGUGAAUAGGUCACACCUCUUGCCUCUACCUAUAGCCUCUUCUGGGCUAAAACAGAUUUGGGGGCCAGGAGGGAAGAGCUCCAUGUAAGAUGGAGAAGGGAAUCUAUUUUCUCCCUAUUUUUUUCCUCAUGGUUUCUCCCAGAGUAGACCAAAUAGCCAGAAAAAAAGAUGGGGGUUGGAUGGGUGGGUAAGCCCAAGAUUUGCACAUGACCUUCCAUCCUUACCUUUACCCUCAUCUUCCCUCACCAAUCACUCCAGAUGGUUUUGGGGGAACCAUUCUAUUCUCCUGGUGGGCUUUGGGGUAUCCCCACCAACUGUCCUUCCAAAAUAGCACCUUACACCCCAUCUUUGACUCAGUUCCCCACACCCAAAGAUCCUAGCCUAGGGAUGGGAUGCAGGGACCAUGUCCCUAAUCCCUAAUUUGCACUAGUUAACCCUGGUCAGGGGUCCCUAUAUUUCCUUCUAGUGGGGGAGAUGAAGAAAUGUUUGCUCCUAAUUCUCUUUGAAAACUGGGCCUCCUUGCUCUGUGAUUGGAUGGACAUUUCCCAUCCCACCCACUUCUCCCUCAAACACACACACACACACACAAAACCAGCUCCCAAGGGGAGAGCCUGUUUGAGGGAGCAAAUCUGACAAAUGGGAAUUAGAGGAGUGCAGUUUAAAAAGGGGAAAAGUUGCUGUCAUCAAAAUGGCAGCCUCUCCCUAGCUACUGGUUUUUUUUUUUUUUUUUUUUUGGUCUAGAUGGCUGCCCUCAUAGCAGUCGCUGGGAGGGCAAGAUAAUGGCUUCUGGAGAGAGAUGAGUUUAGAGGAGGGUCAGGAACAUCCUCCUUCUCCCUCUUGCCCUCCCAGCCUAUAGGAAAGGGGAGGUUUUGACAGGCUCCCUGAAUGUUAACCAUGGAGGAGUCACACUCCUUCAUUCCUCUGUCUCUUUGCACUUUUCUUGGUCUUGGCCACAGCCUGAGUGAAGAGUUUUCUACUGAAUGUACCAAGUUCCAAUUUUUAAGGGGGCAAAAACUCUCAAACAGGGAAAAA